AUGGGGUUAAACGGGUCCCAAGUACGGGCCAUUCUCGUACCUGUUCCCACAGAUCCAGAUGAGAAAAGUUUACGUUUAAGCGCUGGUCAAUGUACACGUGGUGUUAAUAUACAAUUGAUUAAAGUAUCAAAUCAUGAUAAAUAUGAUUAUAUAUUGUUAAUGAAUACCGAAGGAGUUCGAGGUCGUGCAUUACAGUGGAUCGAAGAUUAUUUAAAUGAUGCAACUAUUCAAACUGUGUUAGAUAGCUGUAUCUCUACUAAACGAUCUAUAACGAAAGGAGUGCCUCAGGGUUCUGUCCUGGGACCUUUCAUUUUUCUUAUUUAUAUUGAUGGUUUACCUUCUAAUAUCGAAAGUACUAAAAGUAUAAUUUUCUUAUAUACGGAUUUACUUUCCGUAGUCGAAGAAGCAUACCACGCUGCUAAUCGUCAGUCUCAAUCCAGUGAUUUGAUUAUUAACUUACCGUCGAUUCAUAUAAUGAAAAAUACAUUACAAAAACAACGUCGUAAGACUCGUCCACCAAUACUCCAAUCGAUUGAACAAUUACCCGACGUUUAUUGCAAAACAACAAAAAGUGAGUUAUUUUUGUUAUACGAUGGGUCACUUGGUGGUACUCGUUCACUCGUUUUUGCGUCCUAUAAUGAUAUCGUUUAUCUAUCACAACAAGAACACUGGUACAGUGAUGGUACAU